AAUGAAGAGGUUGUCGAUUUUAGCUGGUCUGCUCGUCGCUCUAUUUCUCGUACAUGAAAUUAUUCCGUCUACCGGGAUAGUCUUCAGUUUCAAGCGCUUUCCGUUCAAAAGAAAACCCAAGUUUGAAAGACCGUAUCGAAGGCAAGAGGAUGUAUGUGAAAGGUCGGAUGAAUGCGUCAACUCUGCAGGCAUCGAGAAGGUGAGAUGCACACGGAUGUGCAUCUCUUCCUUCUGUUAUGACGAAAUUUACCGGUUUGAUGAGCUGGAAGAGGGAGAAAUCGACAUUCGUUUGUCGUCCUUCAAAGGAUGUUUCACACAAGAAAGAAAGAAGGCUAGAAUAUUGAAAGACACCAACCUGUAAUGUUAUAAUGAUGAUAAAGAUAGUAAGGACAAGUUGAUUAGACUGACAUUGUAACUCAAGUAAAAUGUUUUGUUUUAUGAUGUGCCUAUCUAGAGAACUAGCUGUACUUGAUUUUAUUCUGAAAUAGAUGGUUUGGACAA